AUGGGACCACUUUCUGCGGCAAUAUCUACGGGGCUACCAAAAAGUGUCGUCGGCGAAAUUGGUUCAAUAAUUGAAAAGCUUAUUUUUUUGAAUCUUUUAGUAUUUCAAACGGGAAUGGUUGGAUACGUGGAAUCACUGACGGAUCCGUCCUACGCCCAGCAGUUGCUCACAUUGACUUAUCCUCUGAUUGGAAAUUACGGAGUUCCGUCAACGGAACAAUUGGACGAGUUCGGAUUGCCGGCUUUUGCGGAAAGUGAUCGUGUUUGGCCGGCGGCGUUGAUUGUGGAAAAGUACGGGGUUUUUGAUGGAAAGUAUUGGAUAAAUCAUUGGAAUUUAUGCUUUUUUUGCUAAAUUUGCGUUGAGAAAUCAUGGAGUUUUCAUCGUUUUUGUCAUGGUUUACAGGUUUUCAAGAUGAGUUAAGAACACGAUUUUCACGUCAAGUUUAAUUUUAAUGCAGGCUUUUCUUCUAUUUUCUUCCAAAUUGCUCUUAUUUUCUAGGAAAAAUGAGAAAAUGCCCAGUUUUUGAGCUAGAAAAUGAAGAAAAUUUGAGGAAUCUGAGCUUUUUCUUAAUUUUCAGCUUGAUUAUGUUCUACUGUGAAAAAAAAGACGAGUUUUGAAAAAAUCUGUUUAUAUAAUGUAAGGCGGAUAGGUAAUAUAUUUAUUUUUUUCGUGCUCCCUAAAAAUUCAAAUUAUUUAUUUUUUCUCAAUUUUAUAGGUUUUCAGAGACAUUGGAAAUUUUUCUGUAGGUUCUAAAAAAGCUUAGAUGGUCAAGGAAUGAACUUUUGAGGAUUAUUUACUUAUCUAUUCAUCCCCAAGGUCAAAAAAUUGAAUAAACGUAGUUAACCGGUAUUUUCUGUUUAUCCAAUCCUUCAAAAUCGAAAAAUCUUUAAUUUAAGCUUUUUUCUCUUCACAGAAUGUGCGCCGAAGGAGAGCAGAGCCAUUGGCAGGCGGUUCAGUCCCUCUCGGAAUGGCUUCGGAAAGCCGAUGUCCCUUGUUUGGCGGGAAUCGACGUCCGCCAGCUCACGAAGAAGAUCCGAGAAACGGGUACAAUGAAGGCCAAGGUAAAAAGCAAAAAAAAUUCAGAGAAUUUUCGAAGUUUGAAUGACUAUUCUUAGUAGAAAAAUCGAAUUUAUCGUGAAAUUUCGAAUCAUGUGUUCUUUUUUGAGUAGUAUACUUGUUUCUUUUUAUUCUUAUGGAUAAAAUUUGGCUGAAAAGCUACCAAAAAGACGGCUUUUGCAUGCGUCAAAAAUGUUGAAGCUUAAAUAAAACUUGAAAAAAAAAAAUUAUUUUCCUUUUUGGAGAUUUUUUUUUUCUUUCUAUUUUGUUUCCUAUCAUUCGAAUUCUUAUAGAAAAUUGAAUUGUGGUCCAAAAAAGACGCUGAUAAGAUCUUCACGCAUUUUUUACGAGAUUACGUGAGAAAAAUUUUUUUCUAGCAUUUUCGAAAUUUUUUUCUUGAAGAGUAGUCAUACGUCUUCGAUCUCCCAGUUAAUUAGAAGGUCUUUUUUCCAUGUACCUUUUUGAAAUUCAAUUUUCAUGUAGUUCUGAUUUUUCAGGUGAUAACCGGUCAGCGAUAAGAUUUCUUAAAAAAGGUUCUAACCAUUGAAAUCAUCUAGAAAACAAGUUUUCACGGAUAAAAAGUUAUGAAAGUCGGCUUUUUUUUCGUGACAAUUAUUGAGGGUUCUUCGCUAUGACGUCACUACGUACUGGGGAAGUUUUUAGUGGCCACUUCAGUAGUUUUUCAUCCAGUGUUCCUUCCAGUAACUCUGAUAACUUUAAAACAAACAUAUUGGACCAAAUAUGUUGAUCCAGUGACCCCUAAAGUGGCCACUAAAAUUUUAGUGAUCUAGAAGUAGCACUUAGACCUCUAUAGUGACCACUUAUUUUUAACCCCUUAAGUGGCCACUAAUUUGGCUACUAUAGGGGCCACUAAAACGUCAAAACCCUAUAGUGGUCACUGAAAAUUUUCCCAGUGUUGUGCUGAUUUCAGUUGAUAAUCGAAAGCGACGAGGCGAAAUCGUUCAAUUUUAUCGAUGUUAAUGCUCAAAACCUUGUCGACGUCGUUUCCAAGAAGGUAUAUUCCAGAAAUUUCUCUACUUUUCAUAAUCAUUUAAAAUUCUAGGAAGUUUCCUCAUAUGGAAAAGGAGAUUUGAAAAUUUUGGCCGUGGACUGCGGCCUGAAAUACAACCAAAUUCGUUGCCUCGCCCGACGGGGCUUCACUGUUAAAGUGGUCCCUUGGAACCAUCCGAUCGAUCAGGAAACGGGUAAGCUCUAGUGGCCACUUAAGAGGCUUCUCAAGGACUAUUUGGAGAGGACACUAAAGUGGCCAUUAAUAACACUUCUAUAGAAGCGACUGGUUUGCGUCUUAGUGGCCACUUUAGUAGUUUUUAUUGUUCGCUCAGACGGCUAAAGAGGCCAUUAAUUUUCAGCCACUUGAGUGGCCACUAAAUCGACUACUGUAGGGACUACAAAAUGUCAAAACUCUGAAGUGGCCACCAAAAAUUUUUUCAGAAGUAUGAUUUUCUGGAAAAACUGCUUGAAAUCGGAUUCAAAAGCACUAAGAAAACGACAAUCUCGAUAAAAAAUAAUGAAUUUUUGGAAUUUUUCCAUGAAUUUGAUUCGAAUUUUGAUCUCUUUUUGGAAAAAAGAGUUUUUUUCUGUCCAGAUUACGAUGGUCUGUUCAUUUCCAACGGCCCUGGAGACCCGGAAAUUUGUGCAUCUCUUGUCGAACGCCUCGCCAACAUUGUGAAACGCGCCGAAAAGCCAGUUUUCGGCAUCUGCUUGGGCCACCAACUUCUCGCUCGGGCCAUCGGUGCAAGCACUUAUAAGUUGAAGUGGGUUUUAGGGAAGGUAUUGUGGAGAAUUCCGAGGGGAUUGGAGUUUUGAAAUUUAUUCAUAAUUAUUGAUUUUUAAUCAGAAAAAUGCCGGUCUUUUAAGAAAGAAGGAAAAUUUUUCAAUUUUAAAACUUUUUCGAUUUUUUUCGCUGUUUUUUCAAACCUUUAUUAGCCCCUUUCCAAGAAAAAUAAUUUGAAAUUAGGAAUUUUUUUUAGGUUUUUGGAUUCCCUCAAGUUUUUCAAGCUCAAAAAGUUUAUGAUUCUACUGUUUUUUAAAUUUCAAAAUAUUCUCGACUCGAUCUUUCAAAAUCAUAGUAUGCCUGGAACUGUCUAGCAUGUCUGUGCUCUCUUUUUCCUCACUGAAAAAACCAUAAAAAGAAGGAAAAUAGCGAAUAAACUGGAGAGAGAGCAGAGAAGUCAGACCUUAUUCAAGUUUUCUAGAGGGCCAGCUCUUCCCUCGUUGAACAGGUCGUAGAAGAAGGAAAAUAGCAAAGAAAAAGAAGAGAGAGCAGAGAAGUCAGAUUGAAACAAGGAUUGCAAUAGAGCAUCCUUUUCCUUGCUGAAAAAAAUCAUAGAAGAAGGAAAAUAGCGAACAAACUCGAAAGAGAUGGCAGAGAAGACAGAUUGAAACAAGUUUUGCAAUAGGGCAUCUUUUCCCUUGCUCAAGAGACCUUCGAAAACUAGAAAUAGCGAACGAACUCGAGAGAGGGCAGAGAAAUCAGAUUUAGUUCAAGUUAUUCAUUCAUUCUUCUCUGAGACAUAACUCUGAGUAUUUUCGCCAGCUCUUUAUUUUUUUGUAAUUUUGAGGUACGGUAACCGAGGUCACAACCAGCCGUGUACGCACUACGCCACCGGCCGUUGCUUUAUCACCUCUCAAAAUCACGGUUAUGCGGUCGACGAAAAAAGUCUUCCCGACGGCUGGAAGGCCCUUUUCACCAAUGAAAACGAUGGCACCAACGAGGGCAUCGUCCAUGAAAUCCAAGCCUUUUUUCAGGUUUUCCCAGAUGAAAUCAAUAUCAUUUUUGGGUUUUUUUCAGUGUCCAGUUCCAUCCGGAACACACGGCUGGACCGACUGA